AUGUCAAAAUCCUAUGUUAUCGCUACCGGCGUCGCUACGCUAGCAAUUCUAUCAGUAUUGAUUGCUAUGGGUGUUAUUGUUAAUGACUUGAACAACCUUCAAAGUGAAAUCAAUGAGGACAUGAAGGAAUUCAGACUUAAAACGGAUAGCGCUUGGCAGCUGAUCAUGGCUGGUUACAACAAUGACUACAACAACAACACCAACAAAUCGGAUCUUCCGCUAGGAAGAAAGAAACGUACAACUACUGAUAAGUGCAAUUGUGCUCCGGUAUCGACGCCAUGCCCACCUGGACCAGAAGGUCCUCCUGGAGAGCCAGGAACACCGGGCAAUCCAGGAAAUGAUGGACAACCCGGCGAACCGGGUAUUCCCGGCAUUCGUAUGUUCUUCAGACAAGUAGGCGGCAAUGGCUGUCUCAUGUGUACCGCAGGCCCAGUGGGUGAACCUGGGCCUCCUGGUGAACCUGGUCCGGUUGGUCCUCCCGGACCGACCGGAGCACCAGGCGAGAGUGGUAGUCCUGGACCGAGCGGAGAAAUGGGACCGAUUGGCGACCAAGGACUGGAAGGACUUAAUGCUGUACCAGGUGCAGCAGGCAGGCCGGGGGAGCCGGGUACCAAUUAUUUGCCAGGCGUUCAAGGGAUGCCUGGAUUUCCAGGACCAUCAGGUCCAGAUGGACCACAGGGUAGAGAUGGAGAGGACGGUAGGCCUGGACCAGAUGGCCAACCUGGUCCCGCAGGAGAGCCAGGAAGAGAUGGGCACCCUGGCACGGAUGGCAGACCGGGUACCCCUGGAAUGGACGGACGACCUGGCCCAGAUGCAACGUAUUGUCCUUGUCCAGCGAGAAACCCUCCAUCUUUAUUUGACAAAUAA